AACGUGAGUACUUUUGCAACCUCUGGUGUCAUGUCGAAGUUGGGUCUCACCAUUUUAGGUACCAAAAUACCGUUCGACUAACAAUCAAUUACGCAUGCGCUGUGUUGCCGCCGACUGUCAACAUCGGUCUUUUCAUAAUGUUCCCGUCCACCCGCAAGGUCGCACUUAAUCGAACCAAAUUGAAAGAUACAACCUGCCCCAACAUGAUGCCGCCACCAAGACUGAAAACCCAACAAAAACUGUCAGAGGUCGGACGUGACAGGACGUUCGACAAAAUGGAGCCGAGUACCGGGCCGCAGCAAGCGGAGGAAACGGCCAGACGUACCCCAGCCUUAUGCGAUAACGUGGGGAGGAGCUCAGAUAAAAAUAUGAAUCCGAUCCCGACCUCCCCUGCUGGUUCAGAAGCCUCCUUGAAAAGAACGGUUCAAUCCUCUGGCUGUGAGCUAUGUGAUAACUGUAAAAUCAUUUCUCCGAGGAGGAGGAGGAGGACACUGGUCAGGCAGGUGGCCCAAAAAUUGUCCCCUUGCUCAGAACAGCACAAAUCCAUUCCAACAAGUAAGAAAGUCCCCGACCUGACGGUCAACCUUUGUGACGUCGUCCGAAUGUCUGGCGCAAGGUGCUAUAAUUGUGGCUUUGUGCUACCACAUGGUCUCGAGAACAAGCCUGUUUAUUGCUUUAAAGAGGACAUAGCGGCUUCUGGACUGCGGCUCAGGUCCAGUUGUUCAGGCCACCAGAAAGAUGGAAGUGACGAGCACCAGAGCGUUGAUUCCGGCCCUGGGACAUCAUGUAACACCGUAGGAACAGGAUUAUUCGACGAUGACCCACGGUCCUCAACCUGCCAGAGAGUGAGGCUCUAUGUUUGGAAACGAAAGAGUUCCUGCGCACGCACUUAUAUCACCUGGCACGACAAGCAACUGCUUGUGAGUGGAUUCAUGAACCUGGAAACCCGCACGAGUGACUUUGCACAAACGGAAGAAAUCCCGCCUGUUUCUCUCACUCCAAGAGAGCCGUCGCCCUCUUUCGACACAGGCGGUGACGCCGGCGAUGGCGUUGUGGAGGAAAUGGAUGAAAAGGUCACUGAGGUACGAGGUAACGCGGAACAACUCGACUGCAGUCCUCCCAUCAGCAGUUCUGAUCAUGACGAUGACGAAUCCUUCAACGGCGAGGGCCGGUCGCCUUCCUCUAGUGACCAAGGAUCGCCUUCGACUGAGCUAGCAGAAUGCUGUCCAAGCGAAUCCGGGACAGGUGGUGGCGCUCAUUUGGGCGUUUUGGACGAGUUCACGGCAUAUCAACGGGACAUCCUGCUUAUUGAUGUGGACCACGACGACUCGGAGCUCUUUGACAUCCUACCCCAGGAGAGUCCGCUGAAACUGGGUUCCAACAUAGUUCACAAAAACCCAAAGACUUUGACCGCAUAUGGAGCGUCGCAGACCUUCAAACAAAGAGGAGAACCCGAGCAGGCCCUGGCGGCCUAA